AUGUGUCUGUGGAGGAAUUCAACAUAUGAGCUUGACACAUUUGCUCCGUCAGUUCUUCAUCCAAUUGCAAUGAUAGAAAUUCCAAUUCACUUGUUAGCUUCUUAUAUAGUCAUAUUCAAAACUCCGCCCACAAUGACUUCUGUUAAAUGGAUGAUGGUGUUUAUGCAUUUUUGCAGUGCCUUUCUGGACCUUUUCCUCAGCGCCCUAUCCACCCAAUACUACCUCGUACCGGUAUUCGGUGGCUACAUGCGUGGAAUACUCACAGAUCUUGGUGUAUCCUCCAUUAUCCAAGGACAUAUGUUCAUAGUUUCCAUAUGUGUAGCCGGUGUAUCUAUACUCGGAUUCUUCGAAAGUCGCUACAAUGCUAUCGUUAAAAGAAACCGAGGGUCAAUUUUCAAGACUAAAGGUAGAUUGUUGUAUAUUGUAUUACAUUAUACCUAUGCAUUUUGUUUCACACUUCCAUUACUUUUUUACCCGCUCGAUCAGGAAGAAGGACGGCGAUUUGUGAAAGAGGCACUUCCUUGUGUACCUCACUCUAUAAUAGACCACCCCGAUUUUUAUCUCUUUAUCGAUAAACCAUAUAUACUUGCAAUAUACUAUGGAAUGACGGCAACAGUCUUCGAAAUAGAAGCGAUCUACUACUUCACACGUACUGCAUUAUACCUUUCGAGUAACAAAGCCAAAUCGCAGAGGACUUAUAAACUUCAAGUACAAUUCUUUAUUGCAUUAACAUUUCAAAUUAUGAUUCCACUGUGUGUAUUGAUAUUGCCAAUUGUAUAUCUUAUCACUGCAUUUAUAACAAAACAUUUUGAUCAGAUAGCCAACAACAUUGCCUUAAACUUUCUUGCACUCCACGGGUUGACCUCCAGUACAGUUAUGCUCAUAGUUCAUAAACCAUAUCGAGAAGCCGUUAUAAAUAUAUUCCGUCUCCGUUACAUCUGUAAUCGAAAACCAGCGAUUUCUGUCAGCGAACAAUCGAUAAUGGCUGUAUCAAGUGUUGUAGUUAUUCAACGGGUCAGCAGGGUGUCACAUAGGAUUUAA